UAUUACAGCCAGACCACCCAGACCGACAGCCGCCCUCUGAUGGGGCCGGGGCUGCGGCGGCGCCGGGUGCUGACCAAGGACGGCCGCAGCAACGUGCGCAUGGAGCACAUCUCGGACAAGCGCUUCCUGUACCUCAAGGACCUGUGGACCACCUUCAUCGACCUGCAGUGGCGUUACAAGCUCCUGCUUUUCUCCGCCACCUUCGCGGGCACGUGGUUCGCUUUCGGCGUGGUUUGGUACCUGGUGGCCGCGGCUCACGGUGACCUGCUGGAGUUCGAGCCUCCCGCCAACCACACGCCGUGCGUGAUGCAGGUGCACACGCUGACCGGAGCCUUCCUCUUCUCGCUCGAAUCUCAGACCACCAUCGGCUACGGCUUCCGCUACAUCAGCGAGGAGUGCCCGCUCGCCAUCGUGCUGCUCAUCACUCAGCUGGUGCUCACCACCAUCCUGGAGAUCUUCAUCACCGGCACCUUCCUGGCCAAGAUCGCUCGGCCCAAGAAACGCGCCGAGACCAUCAAGUUCAGCCAGAACGCCGUGGUGGCGCAGCACGACGGUAAAACGUGCCUGAUGAUCCGCGUGGCCAACAUGAGGAAAAGCCUCCUGAUCGGCUGCCAGGUGACCGGGAAGCUGCUGCAGACACACCUGACCAAGGAGGGCGAGAGCGUCCGCCUCAACCAGCUCAACGUGGACUUCCAGGUGGACACGUCCUCGGACAGCCCCUUCCUCAUCCUGCCCCUCACCUUUUACCACGUGGUGGACGAGGCCAGCCCGCUGCGGGACGUGUCCCUGCGCUCUGGGGACGGCGACUUCGAGCUCGUGGUCAUCCUGAGCGGCACCGUGGAAUCCACCAGCGCCACGUGCCAGGUGCGCACGUCCUACCUGCCCGAGGAGAUCCUGUGGGGCUACGAGUUCACGCCGGCCAUCUCGCUGUCGGCCAGCGGCAAGUACGUGGCCGAUUUCAGCCUCUUCGACCGCGUGGUGAAGGUGGCGUCGCCCUGCUGUCACCACGAGGCCGUGCGGUUCGGGGACCCCGAGAAGGUGAAGUUGGAGGAGUCGCUGAGGGAGGCGGAGCGGGAAGGGGAGGGGGCCCCGCUCAGCGUCCGCAUCAGCAACGUCUGA